AUGGAGAUGCCAAGACCGCCUGACGAAGCCGGAUUCGACAAGAUUGGCUGCGGAAGGACCACCGGUGCAGACGAACCCGCCGGCGAGGCCGAUCAGGACGAUCGGGGCCCAGUCGGUCACCAAUGCCUCGCCUCUCACUGGUGGGCGGCAGUCAGCGCACUCUCGCGGGCCGAAUUGAUCCAAACGAUAAUCGCAAUAGUAAUUCAGUCGAAAGCACUGGAAGAUCGGCCGGCUCUAGUGCUGUCGGUUCGGCCCACCGUGGGCACUGAACAUGCCCCGUUGGAAUGGUCAUUGGCGAGCAGAUGGUGUUUUGUCUUGAUUUCCAGAGAAUAUCGAUCCAGGUCCGUGUUCAUCUUGUUGAAAGAGUACAAUGCCUCACCUGUGAAGAAUCUCCCGAGGCAACUAGACAGGGCUGCAUCCCCUGCAUCCCUGCAUCCGACGGAUUGUCAAUAUCGGCAGACCUAA